UUGAUGAUGAAAAUAUCGUUGGGGAUUUUCUUUCUUCUCCUUAUUGUCUUAGCCCUCCAAUGGGGGGUGCGGCCAGCAGAGGCUAGGGUUUGCCAGUCACAGAGCCAUAAGUUCAAGGGUGCAUGUAUGGGUAACCACAACUGCGCGCUGGUGUGCAGAAACGAAGGCUUCUCCGGCGGCAAAUGUCGAGGAUUCCGUCGCCGCUGCUUCUGCACUAAGCUCUGCUAGUAGCCGGUGACAUGGAAGGGGAUGCAUGUUUAAGAACAUUGCUUCCCUC